AGCUUGUCUAUGUGUAUACAAUAGACAUCUAUGUAUUCUCAGUGUGUUUGUUUGUUUUAUGUCAUUGAUUCUUCAUAUAAUUUGUAGAAAAUGUCUAAUGAUAAAAUGGAAGUAGAUACAGCUAAGAAAAAUAUGAGUUUAUCAAUAGGAAAUGAAUGCAACAAGCCUUCGAAAGCGGUGGAUUACAGCGAUUCCGAUAGCAGCGAUGAUGAAAAAAUGGAAACUGGCGAACAGAAUAAUGAUGCUGAUUCUGACUCGUCUGAUGAUGAUGAAUUCAAAUUGGCAAUCGCAAAGAAAAAAAUGAAAGAUGAUCCUUGGAACUAUGAUGGUCACCUUGAAUUGAUCAACAUGUGUAAGGAGAUGGCAAACCUGGAUGAGCUACGGGAAAGUCGUAAUAAUAUGAGCAAGUAUUAUCCUUUGACUGAAGAAUUAUGGAAGGCUUGGUUGGAAGAUGAAAUCAAUUUGGCACUGUCAGCAGAAGAAUGUCAAAAAGUGCAAGGAUUAUUUGAAAGAGCUGUAAAGGAUUACAUAUGUGUGAAUGUGUGGCGGAUGUAUAUUGAAUAUAUAAUCAAAAAUUUGAACAGUGAAAAAAGUCUUGCUGAAGCCCGUGCUCUUCUCGAGCGAGCAGUGUGUAAAGCAGGCGCUCAUGUUGCCAGAGGAGGUAUAUUGUGGGCGCUCUAUUGUGAUUUUGAAAAUUCAAUCUUGGAGCGUAUCAAGGCUAAGAAGAUAGCUGAUCCUGAAGAGAUUGCGAAGCAAGUGGAGGUGUGCAUGACCAUCUUUUACCGCCAACUGUCGUGCUCUCUCCUCGACACAGAGCGAAUUUAUGGCGUGUACAAAGAGUGGUGUGCUGCUAAUGAGUCUUAUGUCUUACCAAGCUUGCAUGAAAAUAUUGAGUUUGUGUACACAGCAUCCAUUGCACAACUGGAAAAGAUCCAGCCAUUUGAGGAUGCUCUGACUGCUUGCAGAGGCAGUGAUGCAAAAGCUCAGAUCUUCAGGGCCUACUUGGACCACCAGCUGAAGAAAGGGGCAGAAGUGUCGCACAUAGUGAUCUUGUACGAGCGAAUGAUAGCAAACAACCCUUUGGAUGGGUAUUUGUGGUCAGAGUACAUUGAUUACAUCAACAACAAGCUGGAUGGGGAUGACAUCUUGGAUGUGUGUGCUAGAGCUGUUCGAAAUUGCCCGUGGUGUUCCUUCUUGUGGCAGCAGCACAUAUUUCUGCUGGAGAAGUUCCAUCACCCCCAAAAUGAGAUUCAAGAGUGCUUGGAGAAAGGAUUGGCAGUGCCCUUCACCACACCUGAAGAUUACCGCACCCUGUGGGUGGCGUAUGCAGACUUUCUUCGCAGGAGGAUCAGGAAGGGAAAUGACGACACAGCAAAGCAGGUCACUGCUGUGACUGACGUGAUCUCACAGGCCUGCCAGUUUCUCGCGGAGCGUUUUGGUUUGAAUGGAGACAAAGACUGUGUACUUCUGCAGUACUGGGCCCGCCUUGAAGCAAUCUACAACUGUAAGAUGGAAACUGUAAGGUCACUGUGGAAUGAUAUCAUGACUCAAGGUCAUGCAAGAAGUGCCAGUAUGUGGCUAGAAUAUGCUUCCUUAGAAAGGAGGUAUGGUGACAGCAAGCACUUGCGUCGAAUUUUCACGCGAGCAGUAAAAGCAGUUGAAGAUUUCCCAGAAAGUAUUGCACAAGCAUGGGCCAACUUUGAAAGGGAUGAAGGGACUUUAUUAAGUUAUGAAUUUGCUGUAAACACCUACAAGGCCAGAGUGAAGGUUUUAGAAGAGGAGAAAGCAAUUUCGGAGAAGGAGAAAAACAAGUAUGUGGACAAAAGCAAAGAGAAGGCUUUGCAGACUAAGAAAGACAAGCGGAAACUGCGGAAGUUAUUGGACGGAAUUUUGGAACCUCAGCAAGAGCCAGUUGAAGAAACUAAUGUCGAUAAUGAUGAUGAUACCCCUAAGAAUGCCAUUUUCUUGAGUAACUUGCCAUAUACUACUUUUGAAGACAGAAUAACUGAAAUAUUCUCUGAUAUUGGAGAAAUAAAGAGAGUUGUGAUUGAAAAAGAUUCCUUGUAUAAGACAAAAGGAUUUGGAUUUGUGGAAUUUGAGUCCCCGGAUGAUGUUGCGAUUGCAUUGAGGAAGGAUGGAAUGAUGGUGGACGGACGACCAAUGUUUGUGUCUGAAUACAUUCGGGAGAAAAGCAGUCGUACAAAGUUUGCUACAAGGUUUUCUGGAGGUCUUGAAGAAAACAAGCUUUUUGUGAGAGGUCUGGGAAUGUCAACAACUAAGAACAGUUUGAGGAAGUUUUUUGAACCGUAUGGAUCAUUGCAAGAAGUGAGGCUUGUCAUGACCCGAGAAGGCAAAUCAAGAGGUUUUGCUUACGUGGAGUUUGCCAGUGUGGAUGACGCAUGCAAGGCUAGGGAGGAACUGAAUGGAACCAAGUUAGAAGGACACGUAAUCGAAGUGUCUAUAAGCAACCCAGCGUAUCAAGAAGAAACUUUAAGAAGAGAGCGCCAGGAAAAGAGAUUCUCAGAUGAUCGACUACCUCGUAAGAAGGAAUCGUUUAGUUCUUCAAGAAGUAGAUUCAGUUACAGUCCACAGAGGCACUCAUCAAAGCCUCCACCACGUUUCGAAAGGGAACGACCGUCUAAAAAUUUUUCAAGGUAUUCACAUGAGGGACGAAAGGAGCGAGACAGCUAUUCCGUAUCCUAUAGAAGCAGCGGAAGCAACAGCUACGCCCAAAAAUAUCAUUCGUCCCAAGGGUUCUUCAAGUACCACAACGAACAGAUGCUCCAGACAAACAACCAGAACAUGUAGCAGCAAAGCUGAGCAAUGCAGAUUUUCGCAGUAUGCUACUGCAAGGGAAAAAGUAGCAAUGAUACAUUUUAUUCAAAACACAUUUUAUGUACCUUUAAUCUCUAACUGAUUUAUGUUCCAUGUAUGAGCGUGUUUCAAUUGAAUCAGAUAUCAGUAUCAUGUAAUGGUAUUGUUGGAUUGAACAUUAAAAUUUCUCAAAAGGUUCUUACUUAGUUAUUCUAUUCUUGUAUCUUUUAAUUAAAAUAUUUUGACGAAUACGUAUUAAGAAUGCACAUAGCUGCUAUCAAUGCUGUAUGCUCAUACUGUGAAGAACUCUGUAUUCUUUCAUAAACUGUACCUUUUGUGAUAGAAAGUUUUGGUAUUCCUAACAAUUGUAAAGAUUCUGUAACAAACUUCUUCUGUUACUGGCCAUUAAGUUGUAAAUAGUUAACACUUAAAAGAAAAGUUGAAUUUUGUGGGAAUCAUACACAUGUAAAACUUGAUUUAUUUGUCCAAGGUAUUUAAAAUGUUUCAUGUAGAGUGUUUGUAUUUAAAUACAACUUAAGAAAAAAACCUAGAACUUCUGUACAUUAUGCACCAUUAUGAUUGUAACAACUUUUUUUAAUAAAUAAGUAAAUAAUUGUG